GGUCCUUCUGGUCUCGAGCUCCGAACGAAAUUUAGAGGGUUUACAAAAUAUGGAGAGCUGUUGUACCUGUACUUUUAGAAAUGAAAGAAGAGUUAAUUCCGAGUUGUUGCAGCAAAGACAUUGAAUUGUGUAGCUAUUGCGUAACUAUGAUUUAAACCAUACAAAAAGCGUAAUGAGGACGUUUACCGCAUGAAGUGGCAUAUUUAGUAAAUUAGCCUGUUAGCUCACGUUAGCUGUUUGUUUGGUAACGACAUGGCUGCUGAACGGUACAGAUACCGGCACACUGCGGCGGGGAGCCUGCAGGAUGCCGACUCGGACCCUGAGGAGCCUCAGUUAGUUUACAUAAAGUCGGACGGACGGGAAGCCCAGAUCAUCCACAGCGGACACUUCAUGGUGUCUGCGCCUCACAUCGAGCACCCGCCGAAGAAAGGAUACGACUUCGACACCGUCAACAAACAGACGUGUCAGACGUAUCACUUCGGGAAGACCAGCACCUCGCACAUCUCUAUUGAUGCUUCGCUGACCAAACUGUUCGAGUGCAUGACCGUGGCAUACAGUGGAAAGUUGGUGUCACCAAAGUGGAAAAACUUCAAAGGUCUGAAACUGCUUUGGAGGGACAAGAUUCGUUUAAACAAUGCAAUAUGGAGAGCCUGGUAUAUGCAAUAUGUGGAGAAAAGGGAAAAUCCGGUGUGUCAUUUCGUCACUCCGCUGGAUGGGAACAUGGAAUCUGAGGUCCAUCGUCCAUCAAUGGCAAUUGCCACAGAGGGAAAUUACUGGAAAAGAAGAAUAGAAAUCGUGAUAAGGGAGUAUCACAAGUGGAGAACAUACUUUAAGAAGAGGUUACAGAAGCACAAGGAUGAUGAUCUAUCCAGCCUGCUACAGGGGCCGGAGGAGCAGUUCUCCCUGUUUGGAGAAGUGUUUCCAGACACACUCCGUGUCUCCUUUUGUCAGGACGAGGAGAGUGCUAUGCGGCGCGUAGCCCGCAAGGUCCACGACUCCCCCAUCCCCAUGGAGAUGGACCAGCUGUUCGACAUGGACGUCCUGAUGUCUGAGUUCUCAGACACCCUGUUCUCCACACUGGCCUCCCACCAGCCCGUAGCCUGUCCCAACGAGCGUGACAUCGCUCAUGCGGUGAACGCAGACAUGAUUCAGCCUGGACUCAUAACCUUGCAGCCAAACCUGGACUUCAUGGAUUCUUUUGAGCCACUGCAAGACUUGUUCCACAGCCUGCGUCAGCCCUUCCUCCCCACUGUCUCCCCUACUGCACCGUCUCUUUCCCCUCUACCCAGCAGCAGCUCACAGUUAAUGUCCUCCAUGCAGCUCUCUGCGGAGGGCAUCUCUGGCCAAGCCCUUGGGCCCUUGGGUCCUCACUCCACAGCCAGUCAGAGCUCCGGGACGGAUGCCCACGGCUGUGCAUACGUACAGGGCUACAUGCCUCUGUUCCCCCAACGGAGUACCUCGGCUUCUCAGCCAGGAGGCCCUCAGCCUGUAGCCCACGGACCACACACACACUGCCUGCCAGAUGACCAUGGAUCUUUGUCUGGGAUCACACACACCACCGCCGCCUCCUCCACCUCCGCAGUGCCCAGCGAUGUGUCCUCCACCUACAACCAGGGUUUGGAGUACAGCUCCGCCCCCACGCAGAAGGCCCAAACGCUACUGGUGUCCCAGCUCCUGCCACUGGCUCCCUGUCCGGCCAACAAGCAUCAGACCUUCGCCCUGCCCCGACCCAUCCACAACUCCGGGGGAAAUAAAGCUAAAGGCCGCCACAUGCAGAGAAUUGUUCCAGCCAACAACUUACCUUCCUCUCAUCUGGUGCUCACAGGUCAGUUUUCUACUGGACCAAGUGCUCUGAUUGUAACACCAGCACCGUUGAAGGCCGAAGUCGUUCCCAGUGCAGGAAUGGUCAUUACAUCUUCCAGUCUGGCCCCUGCGUUUCACAUCGUGCCACAGACGCACAAGAGUCCCCAGGCCAUUGUCCCUAAAGAAGAGACUUACUCCUCCAGCUGCAAGGGGCAGAAAACUUCCAGUCAAGGCUCACCAUGUGGUCCAGAUGGUUUGCACUCGCCCCUUGGCAGUUCAGAAUUUUUAAAGAACGAUCCAAACCAGAUGAAUCUCUGUCUUGGGUCAUCCAGCCGGAGAGUGCCCCACAUCUCUGCCGAGCAGAAGAGACGCUUCAACAUCAACAUCGGCUUUAAAACCCUCUGCAACCUGGUGCCCACCCUCAAGGCUCAGUCCAACAUCACCAAUGCCACCACGCUGCAGAAGACGGUGGAGCACCUGGGCAAGCUGCAACAGGACAGGCAGCAGCUGCAGGAGGAGGCGCGCCGGCUGAGGGAGGAAGUGGAGGAGCUCAACGGCUCCAUAAGUCGUUGUCAGGAGCAGCUUCCUGGUACGGGGGUCUCCAUGGCAAGGAGUCGAUUCAACCACGUGCAUGAGUUUGAAGCCUACGUGAAGAGCCGCACACUGCAGAACUGGAAGUUCUGGAUCUUCAGCAUCAUCAUCAAGCCUCUGUUCGAGUCCUUCAACAACACUGUGUCCACGGCAUGCGAGGCAGAGCUAUGUCAGACCACCUUAGAGUGGCUGGACCACCAUUGCUCCCUCCCUGUGCUCAGAGCUAUGGUUUGCAGCACCCUUCGACAACUAGGGACAAAGACCUCCAUCCUCACUGAGCCGUCGCUGCUGCACAAAGAAGUCUUCCAGGCCAUCGGAAGUGCCCAGAGGCCUUGCGGGGACUCAUAGCCAGGCUAUUGACUGCUCCAUGGGCCUCGUGGGGACACAAAGCCAGGCUAUCGACUGCUUCAUGGGCCUUGUAGGGACUCGUAGCCAGGCUAUCAACUGCUCCAUGGGCCUUGUGGGGACUCAUAGCCAAGCCAGGAUGCCAACUACUCGAAGUGUUCUUAAAGGGCCUCAUUGCCUGGCUACAGUCCAAUGCUAGACCGAGCUUGGAUCAACACUGUGAAAUCCAGUAAGCAUGGCUCGCCGGGUGGGUCAACCAGGUUUUCCUAAUGGGCUGUGAAGAGUUGUCAUUGUUAUAGUCAUCCUCAUAGCUGUUUGGGUGUCUGUCACAAUUUGUUCACAUAUUGCCACAAAAGAAAAUGGUAUAAGUGUGUUUUGCUUCAAGAACAACGAUAAAAACCAAACAUUUCUUUCUUUCAAUGGAAUAAGUGUAUUUUUAUGUAUUUCAGUUUAAAGGGAAAAUGGAUUGAAUGCUUUUCUGAGAUUUUUGUGUGUACCUAAAAUAAUGAGACAGAAGACCCUUUUUAAUAUAGGAUAAGUUAUGACUAGGAUCAUGCUAAUCUUAUUUUUUGAUGUUCACAUAUGAUGAAGGUGGUUGUUUCAUCCAAGCCAUCACGGCACCAUCCUGUUGGGCGUUGUUUGCUCUCGUUUCUCAGGGUUUAUUCAGCUUAUACCAACCAGCUGCUGGGGGUUUUAAUGCUGAAGUACUCAUGUUUUCUACUACCAAUGGUCUGCUCCACUUUUGUAUGACAUAUUGGCAUGCAAUACUUUUCUUAAAAAAAUAACUACUUAUCCAUACAGUUGACCACAUAAUAAGUAGCCUGAGUAAAAAACAAUUUUCCAUUAACCAUAAACUGCAGUACCAAUAUGGACGUACACACAGGUAUUUCUGUGUUACAGGAGAGGUCACUCCAACUUCACUAUUUUUCUCAGGGCUGGGCUGUUGGACUUUAUUAUGCUUUGGUGGAAACCAAAUGAACAAAAUAAAUCAGGAAUCUUUCAAUGGAAAUCUAUUGGCUGUAAGGUUUUGAUAUUGCAUCUUUUACUUCAGUCCACUGGGUAGGCUGGUAGACUGAUCUAUCCAGCACCGAUCUUGGUGGACACGCCCACUAGUGAUGUCAUAUGGGGCAGAUUUUCGAAACGGCUUGUAUGGCUAAUCACACUCACACCUGGUGGUAUAAUAGGUCCCCUUUAAUCAGAUGUUUUAUUUUGAAAAUACCUUCAGAAAAUAUUUUUUAAUAUUCAAAAUUACGAACUCAGGCAGUCGAGUGCCUUGUUGUGUUUUAUGUAUUUAUUUCUUGAAUUCAAAAAUUGUAUUAUGAGUGACCAACAGUGUAGCAAAAAGCAAUGCAGCGAGGGAUUAUUGGUGGGAUUAAUGUUCUGGUCUGUAAAGGAUGAUGGCGGUCACCAUUUCAAAGUGGCUGUUGUUAAAAAUAUUAUAAUGGACUUUUUAAUGACUCAGUUCGUCUGUAGUUUUUUGCAGAGAUUAUCCUUUUUGUAGAAUUCAGGUACAGAUAAUAUUUUUUCAUCAUCAGUGGGGGUUAUAUUUCUACUGUGGACAACCAAAAAAGUGUAGACAGGAAUAAUUACUUUUGCAGUAUUUCAUUAGCUUUACGUUUUUAGCAUGGAGAAUAUUCUAAAUAAAUCAUUACCUGGUUGACCGUAGCAUAAGGUCCCUUGGGAAUCUACACGAAAGUUUGGCCUCUGUGUUGGCUUGCAUACUCUUAUUUUUUUUUUGAUUAUUGAUCAGCGUCAUUUAUAACAAGUAACUAUACUAUAUUAGAAAAUGUUUCCUGUUUUUUUUUAAUGAACAUUGGAUAUUCCACAGUACAUCAAAUGCAUACUUAUUUUGAAGGCAAUGUGCCUGUGUUUGAGACGGUGUGUUGGAUGGUAUGACUUUUUGUGUUUGUCAAUUUCUAAUAAGUUCCAAGACCAAUCACAAGAUUGCUUUGACAUUUUAUUUCAUUUAGAAAAAUUGCAUUUACACACGACAAAACACAAAGCUAGUACAUGUAUACAUCUUCCAACACAUAUAUAGUAAAAGUAAAAAAAUAUAUAAAAAAUACUGUAUGAUUUAAUAAAUACAUUUUGUUGAUCAAA